GCAACGACAGUCGGGCAAACAACCUUGGACGGCUCAUUCUGCGGCAGCCUCGCUUCCGUCUCGUGCGACGCCCCCAUUUCCGCCGACGUGUGUAAGCAUAGAGCACAGCCGUGGCCUUCCUGCCUUUGUUUGACCAGGAAGACCGCUUGGCUUCCGCUCUUCUGCGUCCCGGUUGGGCACAGCCACGACUUCUGGCGUGCAUACCCUUCUCACACCUCGCUCAGAGCAAAUCAACAACUGCAUCACUUGAGCUGGUCAACACGCACGGCUUGUCAGCGCCACGCAUAGCUGGACACAGCCUCGCCAUCUUGGGCAGCCACGAGAGCCAUAGACUCGCAAGAUCGCAACAGCAGCAGCAGCCCGGCCAUGUAUCGAAGAGGUCCCAAAAAGUCCACGCCUGCCAGUGUGCAAUGCCAGAAAUGUCUUAAACGAGGUCACUACACCUAUGAAUGCAAGGCCUCGGCUCAGGAACGACCUUAUGUGCCCCGGCCUUCCCGGACCCAGCAGCUCUUCAACCCCAAGCUCGCUCCGAAGCUGACUAACGAGGCGCCGCCGCCCUUGGAGAAGAAAGAGGGCCUUGCUGGGCAGAUUCUAGCACAGCGGGAAAGUGAGCGUGCUAGGAAGCGGCACUUCGAAGGUGAGCUGGACGCAGACGAGACGCCAAAGAGGCAGAGGUCAGCCUCUUUCAGCUCUGUCUCGACAGUCUCGACAGUCUCGACCAACGCAGGUCCGUCCUCCAGGAAUGCGCGGCAGAGAUCUUCCAGAUCGCCCUCUCCGGGACGUGGCCAUGCUGCAUCGCGAGCAUCUCGCAGCCGGUCGCCAGCAGGGCAAGAGAUCACAGCAAGAUCAGCAUCGUAUGUGUCAGGGCGAAGCUAUAUUCGAGACCGUUCUUUAAGCGCCGACAGGUCUGCUCGGGAUCGGAGCUUCUCGCCCCAACGACACAUCGGAACCGGUGGCGUGCGUGGCCGCGAUCAGAGCCCUGAUCAUGACCAAUACUAUUCCCGAGACGCGUCCCCUGGCAGGGAGCCUGCCUAUCACAUAGGCACACGACGUCGCAGACGCUCGCCCAGCACAAGCAGGUCACCGCCUCCACAAAACCGGCGCAGAUUGCGAUCAAGGUCACCUGAGCAGCGCGGGAGACGCGACAGUGACAUCCCGCGGCAACGUGGGAGGCGCUCGAGCUCGAGCCCCAGGCAUCGCGGCCAGGAUCAGGCAGCCGUGACUGGAGCUCGAGAGCCGCUUCAACGACAAGCACCACGAGAGCGAAGCCUGAGUCCCUUCUCAAGAAGGCUGGCCCUUACCCAGUCGAUGAACACGUCACGUUGAAGUGCCCCCACGACCUCACUAUUGGAGCUCGCGGUGCGGAAAUUUCCCAUCCAAAGGACAGCCUA